GUUUCCUCGCCCCUUCCUUGGUGUCGCCGCUGCUGCCGUUCUUCGAUCCCAGAAAUGAGCGACCGCGGGUUAGGCUAACUCUCCGAGGACGAUUCUCUCGGGGGACAAGAAGACGCUUCGGAAGUCCAGACAGUUCUCGUUUUAUUUUCUCGCGAGUGGGUUCCGGUGAUCUCGCUUUCCGGUUGAUCCUGAGGAGACAGACUGCUUCGUAGACCUCGGGAAAGGGACGCGAUUGAGGAUCUUCCGGAGCAGCUGAUCUUCCGGUUGCCGCCGGUACAGUUGACGCGAAAGAGAACUCGAGUACUGAUGACCGAAGUUUCCAGUUGUGCCAGUUGAUUAUAGACUUACCGAGGGACACUUAUGAAAGAAAAUUGGUGCCCUCAGUGCUACGUUGAUUCUUGAAAGAAGUAAUGUACCGGUCGGAGGGUGCGUGACAGAGACACCGCGUGGAUAUGUAAAUUCUUGUCGAGAAGGUGCGACGGUGGACAAUUUUCGAACGUUCAACGAAGAAAAUCGCGAUGAUGAAGUCGGCCGAAGGUCAUAAGCAGAACAACAUGUCCCAGUCGUUCUUCAACUCUAGGAAUCUGCCGGAUUCGUGCAGGGGCUACCAGAAUAAGAAGGUGCAGUAUUCUUCGACUAGCAGGAGCGGAAGGACUCCGGAGGCUGUGACGAGCUGCUAUUCCUCUUCUACGUCUUACAAGCCAGGGUACGUCUGCUCGAAACCGCUACACACUAAAUGCGUACGACCUCACAGUAGCGACGCAGCGCACGAUGGUCAUCCGACUCACACGAAACUCGACAAAGGCAAGCAUUAUCCUUCCAACGUGCCUAACAAGGGGAAAAUUCGCUACGAGGACGAGCUGAUCAACAACGAGAAAUUCAAAUACGUCGACGACGAGCUGGAGAACAUGACGGAGGAUAACGUGGAGUAUGCGGAUGAGGAAGAGGAUGAUCGCGCGGACACGGAUGAAUUCCUAAACAAGGAGUACGGCGAGCACGAGGCGGACGACGAGAUAGAGGAAUCUGACUCAUCUCCGCAGCCCCAUCGAGCACAGAGAGCCUGUAAGAAAGAGGCGGAGCUGAGGCAACUACGAUGGAAAACCGUCGGUCAGCAGGAGGAUCCACGUAGGCUACGCUGUCCGCAGCGUGUCCUGGCUGUGGGCCAAGGUCAUUCGCCAACCCCAAGAUACUACCAGCACGAGCACGAGGUUCCCGAGCCCUUAUCAGAAGAAGACUUCGUCCCAACGUCAAUGAAAAGUUUAAUCAGAAGAUCGAUGGACCACCAUCAUUGGUCACCGUCGAGAGGUGACCCGAUUCGAUACGACACGGCGUCGUUGCCUGUCCAGCCGAGUCGCCGAGCCCGCACCAAACCGGACAUGGACCAGCUUUUGGAGGCGGAACUCGGCAAAACGCGACAGUGCCAUCGUUGCGGUAUCCUGUCGAGCAAAAAGCCCGUGUCGCCUUUGAGAAACAGCUGCAGAUUCAAUAAUUGCACGGGAUUUCCUACCAAGGGACCAAUCGGUGAGAAUCAGGAGAGGUACGAUCAGCUGUUCUGCGGCCACUGCGUCCUGAGGCACAACCCUGAACUCGCGAACGGCGUCGGUCCACAUCCGCUGCACCCAACGAAGCAACGAAAGCCCCGCGACGUGAAGUCCCCGACGAAGUACCAGAUGCCGGAUCAAGAUCACAUCGAGCAGCUGGCGAACGAUUAUUCGCGGACCUUGUCGAAGCUGCAUCGAAAGUCCGCGGACCACGAGAGGGCGAAACGUUCGCUGCACACUUACGGCCUGCCGCACCUGUUGUCCCGAUACGAGGAUUAAUCAGCCCCGAUCGAAGCAAGAACCCCCGAGAGAGAGAGAGACGAGUGAAGCCACCCCGAAAAGGAAAAGGAAACGAAGAGACUGUGAUGUGGAGGGACUAGAAAAUGCGACAUUUCUGGGAUCGACGACGAUCCUCAAAAAAAAAAAAAAUCGUUUCUGAACUCG